AUGAGACGGGACUUAGAGCUCGUUGAAGGCAUUAGCAAACAUGACACUAACCUAGCUGCUAGUGUCUACCGAGAUGCGCCCAAUGUCAAAAUUAGAGAUGUCGGCGCGGAUAAUGAUUGGGUCAUCAAGAGGGAGGAUAACGCCACGCUCCUCCUCCUCGCAAAAGGUAAUGGAGGCCCAGCCUGUUUUUUGCGUCUUUGGCAAGCGUCCCUGCUCAGUGCUGAAGACCUGGUGCGCAUAGGUGGAGCGGACAUAAUGUUUGAUGGAGUUGUUGGAGAUUCCAGCCAUGGUAGGGCCACCACUGAUGGUUGA